GGCUCUCUCAACAUUGCUGGUUGCUCUACAUGACAAUCGCGAUGCGAGCUGGGUCGUGCUUCGAGUGAUUGUCGAUCUGUCGUUUAAUCGCGCGAUACUGUUGGCACUUCUCGCCUUCGGCCGACAUGCCGAUGUUAACAUACAGCGGCUGCAGCGUCGGGACUGCGGAGACUGAGAAUGGUUCCCCGGCGGAGUCGUUGUUGUCCGGCGAAGGAGAGCUCCCGGAGGAAGCCGGCGACUCUCCCGGGACCUCAAGAGACACCGAGGAGGAAGCCACACUCUCCGACGAGUUUUACUCGCAUGACACCGACGAGGAGGAGGACCAGAGUAAAAGAAGACGAGACCGUUCCAGCUCCCUAGACGGCAUCUCACCCUCCGGUAGCGGCCAUUUGGGAUCGCCGCCACCUCGCGUCGGCACCUUGGGAGUGAGAAAACUGUUUACAAAUAGUCGCGAGCGAUGGAGACAACAGAAUGUGAGCGGCGCCUUCGCCGAGCUUCGCAAAUUAGUGCCGACGCAUCCGCCAGAUAAGAAACUGUCGAAGAAUGAGAUACUGAGGAUGGCGAUAAAGUACAUAUCAUUAUUGAGCAGUGUUCUGGAGUGGCAAAAGGGUCAGGAUCGCAACGGGGUGCAACAGCAGGACGUGCGCAUCAAGUGCGAGUCCCACUUGAGCAGUCAAAACUCCAGCACGUAUCACACGAAGCCGACGGUAGCGUACCUGAAACAGGAGAAGCAGAACCCCGACAACUCGCACGUCUUUCGCGUCAAUUACACCACGCAGAGGCACAGCUCGCAACACGUGACAUGUGAGAAGAACGGCAGCAACUUGCUGAUGAUCGCUCCGACUGGUCUCAACGUUUCCGUGGGGAAACGCUGCGUCACACCUUCCGUCAUUGUUAGCCAAGGCAGCUUUCAUAGCAAUGGCAACGGAAAUCUUGUACGUUCUCCAGCGAGCGGACGAACUUCGGCUUUCCCGAAGUCGCCACAGGUCUCAUCGGGUACUAGUAUGGUAUCUAACGGAAGUUCUUCGUCUUUGAUCGGUAACACGCCAAUUACGAACGGUGUAGGAUCGAAUGGGUCGAAUUGCGGCCAAAAGAGAUUCAAGAUCGAGCGGGAAGAUGAGGAGCAAGGACCUUCCAGGGACUGUCGAGCUCCACCUCCGCCUGUUCAUAGCGUGCCGGUGAGAAAAAGAGUAAAAGUCACUUUCGUGAAAGACUCGGGCUCGGGAUUUCGCGGCGAUUUGUGUGGCGUAGAUCGCAAGUGAAGAAAUCGUCGUGAUUUUGCUCUUAACAGCGCACGUAUACUUUAUGUAAAUAUUUCUUUCAUGCUGUAUUCGACAAUAAUUGGUGUUACGUGUAAAAUCGGAUAAUCUGCUCGAUACAGAACCUUAAUUAAUAUUGGGUCGAACGUUUCAUUUACAAUUAUUCGAAUUCCUCUCGAAGACGCUUCUCAAUUCGCGCGCUGAGUUAUGCUGCAUAUCUGUUUAACCCUAUAUUACAUAUAAUAACGCUCGAAUAUCGAUUUAAUAAAAAUUCUAUCAUGUUAUAAGAAAGAACCAAUUUUACAAGGAUGUCGAUAUGUCACGAACGAUUUUCAAAAUCUGCAAUUCUGCAAAAAUCAAAUUCAGAUAGUCUUAAUAUCAUGGAAGUUUAAAGAUAAUUUCGUCUUAUAUUCAUUAAUCUUUGAUUCAUAUACAUUUAAAUUCUAUAAUGCUGGAUUUGCUGAAACGUUACAUUAAUAGAUGUGAAAACAGAUAUUGAAAUUUAUUGAAAUGCGUUCUUCACGGGAGAUAUAUCGCAUUAAGAGAAAAAUGAUCUCUGAGCCUCUCCAACCAAGGAAACUUUGGUCAGAAGAAGAUUCGGUUGGUCUCGGCGAACGACAAGCGCAACCGUGCGCGCGAUGGAACGUUCUUCAAAGAAUAUUUUAUUACUUAUUACGUUGCGUUACAUCGUUUGUACAACAUUUGAAUUGUAUCGCAGUUACGCUCGGAACAGUGACAUGAAAAACACGGAUAGGAAACUCCCAGUUACAUGGUUCAUUGUAAACCCGUUACAAAUGUAUUCGCACACGUGUCAGGCUCCUGUGCCCGGAUGGGUGUCGAGUUAUUGUAGAUCUUGUAUAUAUAACAGAAUAUAUAUCGAAUUCGUCUUUUUA